UCCGCAGAGAACGUACUGGAGAGCGAAGGACCAAGAGGAAUGAGCUCCUACGACCCUCAGGCACAGUCACCCCAUCGGGCCAGUCCUCAGUUUCCAAGCAUUGGCCAGGAGCCCCCCGAGAUGAACCUCUAUGGAGACAACUACUACCACCCCAGCAGCCUGCCGAGCCCUCAGCGCCCUCCAACCUACGAUCUGGGGGAUUACAAUGGAGCCGCCGCCAACCCCUACCUGUGGUUCAACGGCUCGGGCAUCAGCAGCUCACCCUACGCCCCUCCGUCGGGCUCGGCCUCCUUUGUUCCACAGCCCUAUGGGAUGCAACGUCCAUUCCUGCCAGGUGCCCCAGCGGACCUGAGUUGGUUCUCUCUCCCUUCACAAGAGGAUCUCAUGAAGUUGGUUCGCCCGCCCUAUUCCUACUCGGCGCUGAUUGCCAUGGCGAUCCAUGGUGCCCCAGACAAGCGGCUCACCCUCAGCCAGAUCUACCAGUAUGUGGCGGAUAAUUUCCCUUUCUAUAACCGGAGCAAAGCCGGUUGGCAGAAUUCCAUCCGGCACAACCUCUCCCUGAACGACUGCUUUAAGAAGGUGCCACGUGACGAGGAUGACCCAGGGAAGGGCAACUACUGGACGUUAGAUCCAAACUGUGAGAAAAUGUUUGACAACGGAAAUUUCCGAAGGAAGAGAAAGCGAAAGUCGGACUUGAUUCCCAGCGGCGGCGGCAGCAAUGGCAGCGUCCUGAACCCCGAGCGUCCCGACGACGGCUCCUUGGAGAGCGGGAGUCCCCUGAGAGGGUCGUCCCUGGAGGACGGCAGCCCCAAGAGUCACGAGACCCUGCUGGAGACCUCCGAGGAGCACAACUCCAACACGCCCCUCGGCGCCACCUCCGCCUCCCCCUGCCUUGGCAGCUUUCUGUCCAGCAUGACGAGCUUUGUGAACCCCGGCUCCUCUGCGCUGGCCAGGCCUGUGGCCUUAGGACUUGGAGGAGAUCCGUCCCAGAGGGCCGGGCAGGUCGCCGGGGGCUUCAGCCCGUAUUCCCACAACGCUGCCAGCCUCCCAGGUGUCACCGGGACAGAGUGGUCGGCUUCGGCUGCCCCGUCUCUCGGCUACAGCGGCUCAGUUCUGAACCAGUUCAACAGCCAUUUCUAUCCGGGCUUAAGCUCUGGGAGUCUCCUCUACCCGAGGGAAGGAACUGAAGUGUAGAGAAGGGGGGUCCGACGGGGGGACUUUAAACGCCACCCUGACCGCUCUACCUCCGAGGAAACAGGAGAAUGGACAGCCUGGCACUGCCGGCGUGGGAUGGAAGGCAGUGCCGUUGGGACUU